AUGGAGAAAAGAACAUACAAGAAAUGGAUAGUGUUGGUUCCAUUUCCAGAGCAAGGACAUCUAACUACAAUGAUGCAACUCGGUCAAGCCCUUCACUUGAAGGGCUUCUCGAUUACAGUUGCUUUGGGUGAAUCCAAUCAAGUAAUCUCUCCGCAACACUUCCCUGACUUUCAUUUUGUCAUCAUACCAGAAAGCGUACCGAUGUCUCUCAAGAAAUUCGGACCAGCAGAGUUUCUAAAGAAUCUCAACAAAACCAGCGAGGCAAGCUUCAAGGAGUGUAUAGCUCAGUUGUUGCUACAACAUGACAAUGAUAUUGCAUGUAUCAUCUACGACGACCUCAUGUACUUCUCUCAAUAUGCAGCUGAGGAAUUCAAGAUUCCAAGUGUCAGAUUCAGCACUGUCAGUGCCACACAUCAAGUUUGCGGCUGUGUUUUAAGCAAGGUCAAUGCCGAGAAGUUUCUGGUGGAAAUUAAAGAUCCUGACGUGCGUGACAAGUUGGUGGAAAAUUUACAUCCAUUAAAAUACAAACACCUAGAGAAUUUAGGAAUGGGUCCAUUGGAGCCAUUUUUGGAGAUAUUUAGGGAAAUUGGUAGCAGAAAAGUUUCUGCUAUGAUCAUCAACACGGCGAGCUUUCUAGAGAGCUCGUCUCUAUCAUGGCUACAACAAGAACUCGGAAUUCCAGUGUUCCCAAUAGGUCCUCUUCACAUUACAGCUUCAGUAAACUCUAGUAUACUGGAAGAGGAUAUGAGCUGCAUUGAAUGGCUGAACAAGCAGAAACCGAGGUCGGUCAUAUACAUAAGCUUUGGAAGCCAGGCUCAAAUGGAAACCAAGGAAGUUUUGGAGAUGGCUUGGGGAUUGUAUAAUAGCAACCAACCUUUCUUAUGGGUCAUCCGACCGGGCUCUAUCUCUGGCUCGGAGUGGUUGCCAGAGGAAGUAAGUAAGAUUGUGUCAGAAAAAGGAUACAUUGUAAAAUGGGCACCGCAGAUAAAAGUACUUGAACAUCCCGCAGUGGGAGGUUACUGGUGCCAUAGUGGAUGGAACUCAACACUCGAGAGCAUUGGAGUAGGAGUUCCAAUGAUUUGCAGGCCAUUUCACGGCGAGCAGAAGUUAAACGCAAUGUAUAUAGAAAGUGUUUGGAAGAUAGGGGUUGAGAUUGAAGGUGAAGUUGAAAGAGGAGUUGUGGAGAGAGCUGUGACGAGGUUGCUUGUGGAUGAAGAAAGUGCAAGUAUGAGGGAGAGAGCACUAGUUUUAAAAGAAAAAGUCAAAGCUGCAGUUAGAAGCGGAGGCUCGUCGUACAAUGCACUCGAUGAGUUUGUCAAUUACUUGGAGAGGAAGUAA